AUGAAAAAAUCAAAGAAGCAGACAAAAGAGAAGCGCCCAGAUAGUCUACAACUGCUUAAAUUCGUUCAAGGCGACAAUCCAGCGCUAUUGAACUCGCUCUUCGCAAAGGAUCGUCUGAAGACAUUCGAGAACUUUGUCUAUGAUGAUCAAAAAGACGCGUAUUGUAACUCGAAGAAGCUAGCGGCCGCCGGUUUCCGAUUUUGUGGCGAUGUCGGUGAACCGGAUGCUCUAUGCCCAUUUUGCUCAAAAGAGAUGAGUUUCGAUCCAGAAGAUGAUCCUUGGGAUGAGCACAAAAAGCAUUGCCCAAAAUGCCCAUUUGUUGUUGUCAAUGAAUUGGAUGAGGCAAAGUGGACAGUGGACAAUCUAUUGCUUUUGAUCGCCGCCUUGCAGACCAAUGAAAAGAAAGCUGCCGUCACAAAACUGAGCGAUCAGUUGGCCACAAUGUUCAACGAUGUCCUGCUUUCGCUUUCAACAAAA